AAACAAGUCAGGCAGGUUUGGCUGAGGGACUGUAGAGUUGCCAUGGUAACUUCACGUAACGUCCGUUGCUUAAAAAAAAAGAAACCUACUCUAGUCACUGGGUUGAUGGACAGCGUGCGCUCGGUGAAGGUAACACUGAGCCCGAAUGAAUGGACAGAGAACUGUUCUCAGUUUGUGGGCGACCAAAGACUGAGGACUAACUUUUAGGAAGAAGAUGGAGUUUGAGACGAAGGAAACAGUCCGCUUGACUCCGAGUCGACACGAGAAAAGUUUGGGGUUGCUGACAAUGAAGUUUGUCGGUCUGCUCCAACAAGCCAAUGACGGCGUGCUGGAUUUAAAAGUGGCAGCAGACAGCCUGGCAGUAAAACAGAAGAGGAGAAUAUAUGACAUCACCAAUGUACUCGAAGGUGUUGGACUGAUUGAGAAGAAAAACAAGAAUAUUAUUCAGUGGAGGGGGGAGAACACAGGCAGCCAGACUCAGGAAAUGCUGGACCAGGUGAAUAGUUUGAAGGCACAGAUCUCUGAGCUGGACGCACAGGAGAAAGAACUGGACAACCAGAAGGCCUGGCUGGAGGACAACAUCAACUACCUAAACCACGACCCUAUCAACAACAUUUACAAAUUUGUGACACAUGAAGAUGUCUGCAAUGCCUUCUGUGGAGAUACUGUUCUUGCAGUAAUGGCUCCUGCUGGGACUCAGCUCGAGGUUCCAAUACCAGAAACGGGUCAUGGUGUUCAGAGAAAGUACCAGGUGAACUUCCGUAGCCACUCGGCUCCCAUCCAAGUGAUGCUCAUUAACAGAGACUCAGACUCCAUGGUCCCUGUGGUCUUCCCUGUGCCCCCCACUGAGGACAUCUGUCUGGUGCCAACCCCACCCCACACCCCAGCCAGCCUGCAAAUGUUCCCUCUGUCAGUGUCCCUGAACUCCACCACUACCACCAACACCAGCUCUUCCUACUGCAGCCAGGACUUCCUCUGCACAGACCACCAGAUGGCGUUGUCGCAACAUGAUGUGCUGACGCCGUCAUCCUCUCCUCCUGAUGUUCACAUGGAGACUCAGCCAGUGUUCGUCCUGGAGCAGCAGCUGGUCCUGGCUGACCCAGAGUUUCAAUCAGUCCUUGAUGUGAGCAGCUUGCUGAAGCUCAGCUCUGCUGAAGACCAGAUGAAGGACGACAGAGUUGAGACCGCUGAUCUGAUUGAUGAGUUAAUGUCUGCUAAUGAUAUCGACUACAACUUUAACUUGGACGACAACGAAGGCGUGUGCGACCUGUUUGACGUGCAGAUUCUCAAUUACUGACAGCCGUCACUGGGCUUCUCUGAACACUCGCACAAUCUGAAAGGGUUCCAUCGCUUUUAUGGUAACCUUCAACACAGCAGUACACUGGAAGUUGACUAGAAGGGUGGUUUGUCCACACACUACAUAAUGCAAACUGCACAAAUUCAUUUAACCUAAGAUAUUUCCACAAGCAGGCGUUGCUGUGUCUCCUUGGCAGAUGUAGUAAGUAUUUACGACUGUUUUCCUUUCGGGUAAGGUUUGCAGGAUUUUGAUUUUCCUUCCUGAAUGUUUAUCACAGGCCUUGAUUUGAUGUUUCAAAGGAGUGUUGUUUGUAUGGAAACAUGUUGUACAAAAAUGGUUCAUUCCUGUGCUUCAGUUUGUUUAAUGAGCCAAGGUUUUGGUUUCCGUUAUAUGAAAAUGCCAAGAAUUUUUUUUUCUUUUCUACUGCUAACACUGCCAUUUAGGAAGUAUUUGUUCAAACAAAGUUAGUAGGUAUUUUGAUGCUUUUAAAAGUGACUGCCAUAACUGUGAAUGAGCUGUUAACACAUUUCUGAAAUCAUAAAAAUUAAUAGCCUUUGGCAUCAUAUUUAUAAUUUCAUGUUUUUUUUGUUUUUUUAAAAUAAAAUGUUUUUGUUGCAUGCCUUUUUUUUGCAUGUGAUUUUUAAGAAUAUUUAGUUUUUGCAGCUGUUGUCAUUCCAAAUGGAAUGUAAAAUAUUUGUUUCUUCCAAUUUUUCUUUAACAAGACAAAGAACCCCUUGGUGCAGUCUUAUUUUUCCAGUAAACAAAUUACAGGGGAAAAACAGAUGGUAAACCUCAGACAGAUGUUAUCUACAUUUCAGAGGAAGAUAAAUUCAGGAUGAACCAGCUGGAAAGUGGGUAUGAAGAAAUGCUAACUAAAUGAGUCAGAUGUUUAGAUGCUCUCAUACACUGAAUUUUUUCCCCCACUUCUAAACAAUAAAAUACCACAAAUGUCUCUUAAAUGAAAGCAUAUCCUCUACCAACUGUUUACAGGCCUAGUGUGUUUAAGUAUUGUUGCUGUUCUGAAAGUUCCAAACAGUUCACUACAUUAGUAGAAAAUGUGAUGUGGAUUUUGGCAGGAUGAUGAGGAAAUCCAGGGAUGAGGUAUUGAAAGCAGAAGUGCAGAGGCAGAGCUCAGAUGACCUGCAGUCAGACUGGUGGGGGGAUGAUGGGAAAACAUCAGUGAGAGACCGAUUCAACGCCAGGCAGUUUAUGUCCUGGCUGCAAGACGUGGACGACAAGUUUGAUAAACUGAAGACUUGUCUUCUGAUGAGGCAACAGCACGAGGCCGCAGCUCUGAAUGCUGUGCAGCGUCUGGAGUGGCAGCUCAAGCUGCAGGAGCUGGACCCGGCGACCUACAAGUCCACCAGCAUCUUCGAGAUCCCCGAGUUCUACAUCCCCCUGGUGGAGGUCAACGACGACUUU